GGCCUGAUCUCUAUUUGUCACCUGCAUAAUAUGUCACCUGUAUCCUAAUUCCUGAUUCCUACGGUAAAUAAAAUCGCGUAAAAAGUCGCGUUAAAAUAUCACAUUUCUUCGUCAAAUUUUUCUUGACAAUUUUUUUUCUACUCAAUAACCUAGAUUGUAUUCAGCCCCAAAAUAUAACGGACAUCCCUGUUGCGGGAAACCUGAAUUAUCUGUGAUGUUAUAUGGAGAUACAGCAUUAACGGUCUUGAGGGAGAAGAACUUGAAAUAUGGUUACGGGAGACACAAAAACUUUCAUUUGAACAUGUACACAAAAAACGGCAUGUUGGAUGCGAGUAAUUUUUACUAUGAUUAUAAAGACAUCAUUCUUGAUGGUCCUACAGACAACGAGAACAUCGGGAUAAAGGAAUCAUAUUAUUUUGGUGGUUCAAAGAGAAAGAUUGUUUAUUUGAAAGAGACAAAACCGAUAAUUAUAACUACUGAAGAAGCUAUAAUUCUGGAAGAAGCUAUAACUAAGGAAAGGUGUAAUAACGAUCGGACUGAAGCCAUAACUCAGGAAAGGUCACCACCCAAACGGCAAUUAACACACAUUUUUGCUGAUGAAGAAAAAACUGAUGGAAUGUAUGUAGGCGUUGCUCAAAAACCAGCCGGUUUUUCCAUUAAAUCAAUUCUUAACGAUGAGUCAGAUGAUCCAAGCAUAAACAACAGAAAAAGAAAACAUGAUCUCGAAAUUAAUGAAGAACUACGUGAUGAAGUUUAUUACAAGUUAUUACCUUCUAUACUUAAGAUUAGCGAAACAAUUCAAAGCUCUCGUGACUACCGGGAAAAAAGUUAUGUUAAACUUAAGAAACAAAACUCUGAAAUUUUACUUAACGAUUUUUAA